AUGUCUGUAUAUAAACUAAUUUUAUGGCGCCUCAAGACUAAUGAAACACCCUGUAAGGAUGCUUUUGGCUGCUUAGGCUGGAUGCUUGAUGAAAGCACUUCUCGAACUGUAGAAAAAAGUCUCAUUAUCUAUGUCAGAUAUUUCGAAAAUGGUGAAUCUAAAACAAGUUUUUAUGGAGUUUUGGGUUUGGAUGGUGAUGGUUCAGCCUCAAAUAUAGUCAAUUGUAUUAAAUCAUUGUGGAGAAAAGACGACUUAAAUCCUGGAAAAAUAUGUUGGUUUGCUGCUGACAAUGCUGCUACGUUUACUGGUGUUAAUAAUGGUGUUGUGGCAAUACUUAAACGUGAUUAUGAUCUAGAUUUUGUUGAACUAAAUACAUGUGUAGCACAUUCGUUUGCAUUAGUAGGAAACCAAGCUGGAUUUAUUAAAGAAGAUGAUGAUAAAAAAGCAAAAAAACGUGAUUUAAUUGCAAAACUUGAAAAUAUUAUAGGUCGAAUUUAUCAAUAUUUUGGUUCAAGUGCAACUCGAACGUUUAAACUUAAAUGUUGGCAAAAUCUGUUGGAUGUUCCUGAAUUAAAAUUCAAAAAAUUAUUCAGCAUACGUUGGACAGCUAUUCGAGAUUCGAUAAAACCCAUCAUGUUCAACAUCACACCAACAAAUCAAGCCUUAUUAGCUACAUUACAAGAGAUUAAAUUCGGUAAAAAUUUAACCAAUAAUGAUCGUGAAGCAGCAGCUGAUUUAUUAUCUUCAAUAUUAAAUGAUGAUUUUUUGUUUAUGCUUCAUUUUCAUUAUGAUUUACAUGAAUGUGUUCUAGGAGAAUUAACUAAAUUAUUACAAAAUGAUGAUUUACCUUAUUUAACUUUAAUGAACGUAUUGAAUGAAAAAAGACAAAUAUUAAAUAAUUGGCUUUCUCAAAAACAAGAAUCAAAAUGCAUUUUAGGACCCACAUUGAAUGAUUAUUUAGAUUCUACUAUGAACAAUAAUUCUUAUGGUGCAUUUAAAAUUGUCAUUGGUGAUCGUGAUAAAUUGUAUAAGGAAUGUUUUACACAUAUUGAUCGAUUAUUAUUGGAAUUGGAUAAAAGAUUGAAGCCAUCAAAAUUACAACAAUGUUUUCUUGUUUUAUUUGAACCUGAUUAUUUAAUCAAUAAUAAAGAUGAUGUAAUGAAAUCAAAUUAUGGACGACAAGAACUUGAAUAUAUUUGCACGAAAUAUAGAAAUUUAAAUGGAUUCAAUAUGAAUAAAUGUCGACAUGAAUGGGAAACAUUAAAAAUUUCAUUAAGUGAUUUUGUAAGUAUUAAUGAACAGCAAAAAUCUAGAAGAAUAUUUUGGAAAUCCUUUAUCUCAUGGAAAGAAGCCAUCAAUGAUUCUUUUCAUGAACAGUACAAAAAUAUAUUAAUAUUAUUAUCAAUUUAUUUGAUAUCACCACUUAAUUCAGCUGAAUGUGAACGUGGUUAUUCAAUUGUUAAUCGAAUACAAACAAAUGGACGUUCACGAAUAAUGAUUGAUACACUUGAUGUGAUAAUGAAUAUUCGUUUGCUUUUUCCUGAUGAUUUGAGAAGUGAUCGAUGUCGAGAAAUAAUUCAAAAAGCCUAUAAUACAUGGAGUGGACAAGAUGAACGUCGUCGAAUUAAUCGAGCACAAUUAAUAAUUGAUGUACCAGAUGAUUAUAUACCAUCAAAACAGAUUCGUCCAAAUACACGUAAGAGACAAUUAACAACAAUUGAUAAUUGUCUUGUUAAACCAAAAAAACAAAAAGCCAAAGCUAUAAAAUGUGCAAAUCGUUGUGGAAAAAGUAUUGCUGCUGAUGAUCCAGAAGAAACACACGCUAUCCAAUGCUGCCAUCAAAAUGAAUAUUACGAUUGGAUCGAAGAUAAUUGUUCUCGAUGGUUAUGUAAUACCUGUCGUAUCAAAUUAGCAGUUUCGAUCGAAUCAACUUCAUGGUUUUGUGAAGACUGUAUUGAUAUGCAUGAAGAAGAACAACAAUAA